GUAAAGACUUUACGGUACAAGCGUUAGAACCGGGCUAUGUACAAUUUUAUUCGGAUCCAAAAAAUCCAAAGAGGAGAUAUGUUGGGAUUGUGUUUAAUCCAGAUGAUAAAUUGCCCAGAGCGCCGACUGACCCAAGAUCACGUAGAUUUGGUUUAAUCGAUUUGGCAGCUUAUCGUGGGGAAUUGAAGAAAUCUCGUAAACUCGCCAUGUCUCUUCGUCAGAAUAAUUCUUAA